UGUUCUGCUUCCCCUGCAGGAGCCCGUCCGCCCGCCGCCGCUGCUGGCGAUGGCAGCGUAGGAUCCCCGCAGGAUGGGGGCCCCGCGCAGGGAACGGCCCCGCUGGCUGGGGACCCUCCUGGCCGCCUGCCUGGCCACCCUCCCGGGCAUCAGCGCCUGUCCCCGGCCCUGCGCCUGCCACGGCUCCGCCGAGCUCCACUGCACCUUCCGCUACUUCGCCGCCGUCCCCCCGCGCAUCCCGCCGGACGUGCAGCGCAUCAACCUGGGCUACAACAGCCUGAGAAAACUCAGCCCCACGGACUUUGCUGGCCUGGAGAAACUGGAGUUGCUGAUGCUGCACAGCAAUGAGAUCAGCACGAUCCCUGAGAAGGUGUUCAGUGAUUUACGUUCACUACAGGUCUUAAAAAUGAGUUACAACAAGGUCAGAGUGCUUCAGCAGGAUGUAUUUUAUGGCCUGAACAGCUUGGUACGGCUGCAUAUGGACCACAAUCAAAUUGAAUUUGUGAAUCCCAAUGUCUUCUAUGGGCUCACUUCCUUGAGGUUGGUCCACCUGGAUGGAAAUUUACUUCAGCAGCUGCAUCCAGACACUUUUGUCACCUUGCGCUAUAGUCAAAUAUUCAGAAUAUCCUUCCUGAAGCACAUCUCUCUAUCUGACAAUGUGCUGACUUCACUUCCACAAGAAAUGUUUUCCUACAUGUCAGAGCUCGAGAGCAUUUACCUCCACGGAAACCCCUGGUCCUGCGACUGCAGCCUGCAGGGCUUCGCCAGGUGGGCCCGGGAGAGACCAGAUGUUAUAAAGUGCAGAAAAGAGAGAAGUUCUGGUGUCCAGCAGUGCCCAGUCUGUGCUAGUCCCAAAACUCAUAAUGGGAAAAGUUUAGUGGAUCUCCCUUCUGCAUCUUUCACCUGCACUAAGCCAAUCAUCCAUGACUCCCUGAAAUCCAGAAACCUCACGGUGCCAGAUGAUGGGGAUUUCAGUUUCGUGUCUCCCAAGGACUUGAUAGCUCCAAUAGGAUCUGUGGUUUUGAAUAUGACUGACCAAGCAGGAAAUCGAGGCAACAUGGCUUGCAAUGUUCAGAGACCUAAAGAAAUGUCUCCCAUCUCAUUUGACAAAAAUGGCCCCAGCCGAGUGCUCAAAACCUCGUUCUCAGCAUUCCUGGUGUGUGGUAUCGAUGAUGGACACAUCCAGCAGCUGUGGAGCAUCCUGGCACUGUACAGCAACUCUCCUUUGAAACUGGAGCGAACUGCGCGGACAGCUGACGAGCCUUUCAGUAGCUACAAAUAUAAGCAGAUCAUCAGUGAGAAAGAUGAACUUUUCACCAGUAUCGAGGCUGAGCUGCGAGCUGAGCCAGCCUGGCUGAUGCAGAGCCACGUGUCCCUGCAGCUGGACAGGACAGCCACCACGCUCAGCACGCUGCACGUCCGCUACGCCACCGAGGCCCAGCUCGCCCUGCCCAGCGAUGACAAAGACUGGGUGAGACACCACCACUGGGCCAUCAUUUCCAGGGACAACAGCACCCAAACGGAGCACACGGUGCUGGUCGGGGGCACCGUGGAACUGGGGUGCCAGGCAGCUGGAGAGCCGGCUCCCGCCGUGGAGUGGAUACUGGCCGACGGCAGCAAAGUGCGAGCUCCUCACAUCAGUGAAGAUGGGAGAAUCAUAGUCCUCAAAAGCGGGGUGCUGACGCUGCGGACAGCUGACGUGUUUGACUCGGGGCUCUACCACUGCAUCAGCACCAACCACGAGGACGCCGACGCGCUCCCGUUCCGAAUCACGGUGCUGGAUCCUCACGUGGAGCACAACGGGCUCAACGGAGCCCGGCUGUCGGCUGCUCCCGGCAGCACACUGCACCUCCCCUGCACAUCCACGGCUGCUCCGGACGCUGCCGUUACCUGGGUGCUCCCUGAGCACACAAUUCUCCGACACUCUGGUGGAAACAAACAUAUUUUUGCCAAUGGCACCUUGAGAAUACAAGGGGUGACAGAGCGAGAUGUGGGCUACUUCCGAUGCGUGGCAGCCAACCGGUACGGCGUUGAUCUUUUGGUUUUCCAAGUGCUGAUGAGACAGGAAGAAACUGCUCUGAAGAAAAAGCAUGGAGCUCCGGGAGAGUGGGAAGAAGGCUCUGGCAAUGAACUGCUGCGCUCUGCUGCAGCACAGAGACAUCCCUCAGGCACUCCAGCCACCCUGAGAGCUCACGGGGAGUCUGCUGCAUCAGCAGCCAGCAGCCAGGGCGCACAGAGCGCGCGUCACAGGAACAGCCACGGGAAAAUGCCUCACUGGCCCUACGGAGACAGAACAGGCAGGCGGUUCAGGGGACACAGGAGACAGUUUGUUUCCUCAGGCAGGAGAGUGGAUCCACAGCGCUGGGCAGCCUUGCUGGAGAAAACAAAGAGGAACUCGACAGUGACAGGCAAACGAGGAGAAGCUGCAACAGAACCACCCGUUCAAGUCCAUAAGCUCUCAGAGGUACCCGAGGAUGAGGAGGAGACAUCUGGUGAUCUCAUAUCUCCAGAAGAAGAAUUCAUACCAGCAACAGGGAGAUCCCCAGUAUCUGCUCUGGGGAGAGCAACGGAACUCACGAUCACUGAAGGGCCCGAGGAGACUGCGAAUCCCCCUCCUGCCUGGGACACCUCUCUCCUGCUCCCAGAGCCAUUAACUCUACCCUCACCUCUUCCACACCCUGUGACACCUGCCAGCAAAAGGCCACAAACACUUCCAAAACCUACAGACCCAUGGGAAAGAUCUGUUUUGAGUCAAAUAUCAGCAAAUGGUGUAAAACAGCCAGGUGUACCAAGUGGAACAGCCACACUCUUCCCUGCUGUGCAAAAGUCAAUAUAUUCUGGGCAAAGUAAUAGCCAGCAUCCAAAGUCUGCAUCCAGGACACCCACGACAGAAGCUACAGGCACCAGCAGGGCUGUAACUCCCCAAAACACAGCAGACAAGUUACAUAUUUUUACUGAGUCUAUUGAUAAUGUCUCCACCAAAACAGAUCACCAGGUCCCUGUGGCAACAGUCAAUGCACCAAGCCCUGAAUUUGGCCCCAUUUAUUUUCACAGUACUCAGAAAGGAGACCCUACUCCACCACUGGCCUCAACUUUCACUACUCGUCAGCAAAUCCAGGUUAUCCAGGAUGUUCCAACACAUCCACCCCAGCUCCAGCAGCACUAUGGAAGACGAAGGAUUUCUGGUCGGAGACGACUUGUUAGACCAGGACGUAUCCCAAGUAUGAAAGAGCGCCGAUACAAUUCUGGGAGGCCGGGGUCUGCCAGAGGAAGUACAGCGGUGGCUACAGGUGUUCAAGUGAAUAUGAACUAUGUAUCAAAUGUACCAGCCUUAAAUAACUUCAGCAGUUCCAUCAAUCCAUUUAGCCCAGAAACACCCCUGUCUUCCCCCUCCACCGUGAAUAUGCCAUUGGAGCACCCCGUGGGUACCCAUCAAAACACAGCAUUCCUCAGGGAAGAGGAACAGAAACAUAGUGCAAGGCAAAAAGCUGCUGCCACAGCCAUGCCUGUCACUGCAGAGGACACUGCCACUACUGCAACCAGUGGAUUGGGUGUGAGGGGUUUGAAGCCAACAGUUGCACUUGUUAUCACUCCUCAAACCGACACCAGAGUCACCAAAAGUAAAACACUCAGAGUGGGAGGAAGGAAAGGUCAGAGAAGGAGAGGCCUCCUAAAACACCUAUCCCAGAGCAUGCUGCAGGUGGUGGCCGCGCCCCCCACCAUCCUGGAGGAGAGGAGGCAAAGCGUGGCAGGAACGGCGGGGCAGAGCCUGAGCCUGCCCUGCACGGUGCAGGGGAAGCCGCAGCCCAGCGUGCACUGGCUCCCCGGCGGCGCGGCGCUGCGGCCGCUGCAGCCGCUGCGCGCGCCGCUGCUCCUGCUCCCCAACGGCACGCUGCAGCUGGGCAGCGCGGCCCCCUCCGACAGCGGCACCUACGAGUGCAUAGCCACCAGCUCCACGGGCUCGGACAGGAUGGUCAGCCUCGUGGUGGAGCGCAGAGAGACCCUUCCAAAAAUAGCCAUCGCCUCUGGAGAACUGACUCGGCUGAACUUUGGGGAGAGGUUGCUUCUGAACUGUACAGCAAGUGGGGAGCCCAAGCCCAAGAUAAUCUGGAGGCUGCCCUCCAAGGCUGUUGUGGACCAGUGGCACAGAAUGGGGAGUCGGAUCCAUGUCUACCCCAAUGGAUCCUUGGCUAUUGAAGCAGUUACAGAAAAGGAUGCAGGUGAUUACCUGUGCGUUGCAAGAAACAGAAUUGGGGAGGAUCUGAUACUGAUGAAAGUCAGCAUCACCAUGAAACCAGCCAAGAUUGACCACAAACAGCAGUUGAAGAAACUGGUGCCGUAUGGGAAGGAUUUCAGAGUGGACUGCAAAGCUUCAGGGUCGCCCACAACAGAAAUAUCCUGGGGCCUGCCAGACGGGACGGUGGUGAACAACGCGAUGCUGGCGGAUGACGGCGGGCACAGGGCUCGCAGGUACGUCCUCUUCGGCAACGGGACCCUGUACCUCAACAAAGCUGGAGUGGCAGAAGGAGGAGACUACACGUGCUACGCCCAAAACACUCUGGGGAAGGAUGAGAUGAAGAUCCACGUCACGGUCAUUGUGGCAGCCCCUCAAAUAAAGCACAACUACAAGACACACAUUAGAGUGGCAGCUGGAGACACAGCCCUGCUGGACUGUGAGGCUGCUGGAGAACCCAGGGCACAGAUAUUCUGGUUGCUGCCCUCCAGUGAGAUGAUCUCCUCGUCCACAGACAGGCACUCCCUGCACGCCAACGGCUCGCUCUCCAUCAGCACCAGCCUGCUGGAUGCUGGGGAGUACCUGUGUGUGGCUCGGAACCCUGGCGGGGACGACACCAAGCUGUAUAAGCUGGAUGUGGCUGCUAAACCCCCCAUCAUAAACGGUUUAUACAGGAACAAAACGAUCAUGAAGGUGACGGCAGUGAGGCACUCCAAGAAGCACAUCGACUGCCGGGCGGAAGGGACACCUCCUCCUCAGAUUAUGUGGAUAAUGCCUGAUAACAUUUUCCUAACAGCCCCAUAUUACGGGAGCAGGAUUGUGGUGCACAAAAAUGGGACACUUGAGAUUCGGAACAUCAGGCCCUCAGACACGGCAGAUUUUAUCUGUGUGGCACGUAACGAUGCGGGAGAGACUGUGCUGGUGGUGCAGCUGGAAGUCACAGAAAUGCUACGGAGACCAAUGUUCAAAAACCCUUUCAAUGAAAAAAUAAUAGUAAAACCUGGGAAAACUACCACACUGAACUGUUCUGCGGAUGGAAACCCUCCCCCGGAUAUAAGCUGGAUGCUGCCCAAUGGCACACGGUUUUCCAGCAGCAUCAGGACAUCCCAGUUUUUCACAGGAAGCAAUGGGACCCUGACCAUCUACAGUCCCGAGAGACACCACGCCGGGCGCUACCGCUGUGCUGCCCGCAACCAGGUUGGCUACAUAGAAAAGCUGAUGGUCCUGGAGGUUGCCCAGAAGCCCAACAUCCUCACCCGCCCUGCAGGGCUGGUGAAGGGGGUCAGCGGGGAGCCUUUGUUGCUCCACUGCCUGGCCGAGGGCAGCCCCCAGCCCAGGCUGGUGUGGACGCUGCCAGGGGGCCGCGUGCUGGCGCCGCAGGUCAGCGGGAGGCACCUGCUGCUGGAGAACGGCACCUUGGUCAUCCGGGCAGCCUCGGCCCAGGACGCAGGGAAUUACGUGUGCAGGGCCCACAACGACGCUGGAGACUCUUCCCUCACCAUUCCCGUCACGGUCGCAGCCUACGCCCCGCGGAUCAUGGGCAGGCCCCCCCCAGCCAUCCACACCAUGCCAGGGGCAGCAGUGCAGCUCCACUGCGUCGUGCUGGGCAUCCCAAAACCAGAAAUCACCUGGGAGUUACCUGACCGCUCCACGCUCUCCACAGCUCACCAGGGCCGGUCUGGGGGCGAGCUGCUCCACCCCACGGGGACUCUGCUCCUGCAGAACCCCCAACCCUCCAGUUCUGGUGUGUACAAGUGCACAGCGAGGAACCCCCUUGGCACCGACACCGCAGUCACCUACGUGCACAUCAUCUGAGUCAGAAACGCAGCAGGAACGUGGGGAACACGGGCUGGCCGGGCUGGGCUCAUCCUUGCCAUGGCUUUAAUCGAAGGCAGCCACAAGUGAGUGCCUGGACACAUCCACAGCAUUCAGUCUGCAGUCACUGGGCAAAAGGAGAGAGGAAAGGGAAAAUUAGCUCUAGCGUUAUUUGCUGGCAUUGGUCCUCUCCAUGUUCAGGGGAUUUAAAUGAAAGCAAAAUUAAGGCACUUCUGCUCUGCAAAAUAAUAGCAAACUGACUAUCAAACAUGGCAACUUUCUGGAAACGUGCCCAGAGAGCUCUUGCACGGACACAGUUUUGCAUCAUUUCAAUACUGCCCACCUUGUAUGACUGUCACAAGCACGGAUCACAGAGGGCAAGGACACCUGGGAACUGAGGAGCAGGUUUAUUGGGAUGCAGAUUACCUUCUUAAUGUGUUUUAAUAUUUAGUAUGUUUUUUAAAUAAAUAAUCCAUGAUGUAACAA